GUCUCUAUCAUAAAAGUGUGGAUUGUGGCCUGGGUAUAUCAAGACCGUACCCCAUCUCCACACAACCACCAAGUUCACAGCUCCCUCACAUCCAUCCUCGAAUAGUAUGACCGUAGUCUCAAAUGAUCCCAGCUGGUGGCCGUACAUCCAGUCAUAUGAUGUUUCCAGCUAUUUUGCAGUUGCUGCCUUCGCUGGGGUAGUGUACGAUUGGGUGCUGACAUUCGGACAAGAGGUCGAACUGAUCUGGAGGCAACGCUGGUCCAUGAUGACUGUUCUCUAUCUCAGUGUGCGCUAUCUUGGAAUAGUAUAUAUUGUCAUUCAGAUUCCGAUCGGUCUUCCAACAAUCCCGGUAACAGAUGCAGUGAGCUAUGCAAUAUAUGGAGCCUUAAAUUGGCUGAGCGCAAUCGUAAAUGCACUACUGGGCGUCAUCAUGAUCACUCGGUUGCAUGCCAUGUCUCAGAAAUCCGGCAAGGUUUUAACACUUCUCGUUUUCGUCUUCGUGGCUGCCAACACCUUCGACGGAGUGACCGCCGUAUUAUUCGUGAGGAAGACUUCAGGGGAGGCGCUCAUUCUCUCCGGCAACUAUGUGUGCAAUAUUAGCUACGAGGGAAAUGCCCUACUUCUGGAUUCCCUGACUUGGAUACUCGCCACUGUAUGGGAGGUCCUCGCACUGUGUCUCUCAGUCUGGAUUGCUGUGAAACACUUCCGUGAACUGCGACGACACUCAGCAGGAGGGAUUAUCGGGGACUGUUUCAAGGUAUUAGUUAAAUCUCACGUGGCUUACUUUGCGGUCUUUCUUGCGAACUCUUGCUUCGAGCUUGGUUAUUUGCUUACACCGAUCGAAGCGAACCAAUAUUCCCUGGAAACUCAGAUUUAUCUUGGGAUACUUCAAUUUUUUACGCUUUUCCAGAUGUUUGUGCUGGGACCACGCCUCAUCCUUAGCGUUCGAGAAUAUCACGCUGAGCUCGUGGCUGGCUCUGAUACAGGAUCCGUCAUAACUUCAAUUGCUUUCCGGGGCCGCGUACACGUGUCGACUAGUCGCAGUGUGUAGCACGACAAACGGUUGGUGUAAUUAACAUCCGUCGUGUACCCUGCAGGGAGUGGGAGUAUUUGCAUUUUGAGGAUGGAAUUGGGACCAUAAAAGAGGCUAUAUACCAUGAUUCUAUGCAGGGAAUUUUCGUUCACCUAUACAGUAGUAUACCCCAUUCAACGAUUUAAGAACAGCGCCUUGUGAUGCCUGGCUCAAGAGCGAUGUCC